AUGUUUACUGUCCUACAGAGGAAUGAGCGCAAACAGCAAAACAGGGGUUUUGGGGGCCAGAUGCGGCGUUAUCUGGAGGCUCGGGACGAGAUGGGGUGGGCUUCGGCUACUGCUUCCACUGGCGAUCAGGAUACGUUGUUUUGCAAACGCACAGAGACUCGCGGGAACUUGAUCCUUGCGACUCCUCACAAUGCUAAAAAGUUCAUUUGUCAAUAUCCUUCAUUGUACGACCGCAAAGGCCGCAUUUACUACCUACACCGAGCCCAGCUUACCGCCCAGUUCGAUUUUAUGACGUCAAAGAAAUGGCCUUUGGCGGAGAAUUCGGCCUUGUCAAAAUUUGUCCCCACUUCCAACAGACAGGACCAUUCGAACUGGGGAUCCCUGAAUCGCGGCAUCGCAUUCUUUUCCAGCGCUGGAGCGGAGGAAACCCGAGUUUUUGAGGCUGAACUGCUGAAGCCUCAAAGAGCGCAUCCAGCUCAUGCGACGGAGUAUAUUCCGUCACCCCUGAGCUUUGCCACCCCGAAGCAUCACCUACCUGUUGGACCCCCAAAAGCUGCCCUGUUUUCGGCAGAGACACUCGCUUCCGAUCAAGUUGGGGAAGUUAGAAUCUGUCUCGGAGAAGAGGGGUUGGGGAACAAACGCCGUGGAAUGUUCGGCGACGAUAGAGCGCGUGGGCGAAUGGGAUGCUUAGUGUGGCUUAAUUCUUUCUUCCGGAAGUGUACUGUAUUCCCGUCUCUUCGAAACGCCUCAGCAUGGCGCAUGUUCGGGCUGGGACUUGGGUCUCGUUCAACCGUUCAGCCCAUAUGUGCCCGGGACCCGGGAUUGCCAGACAAGGAGCUCCAUUCGGAAGAAUCCAUCCAUCCACAACUAGCCUCGGGACGCCUAGGUAAUCACGAUGAGAGAUAUGCCAGGACACCGUCGUAUCGGAGCUCCAACUUGGCAACCACCUCAGGUACCUCUGCUCUAGUGGGCAAGGGAAACCCCUGA